AUGGGUCGCGCACCAACCAGUGGCAACUGCCACACGUGUCGCAUGCGUCGCGUCAAGUGCGAUCGCGCACGUCCAGCAUGCGAGCGAUGCACCAAGGCGGGCUUUGAGUGCAAGGGAUACGAGACGGUUUUGCGGAUGCAGAGUCAUUCUUUUGUAGCCGACGCCCAGACUGGUACCGUCAAGUUCAGCACAAUCCAGACAGUAUCAUCAUUUCCAGAAGCCAGACCAGGCGAGGCUCCCUUGCAUUGCCCCAAGAGCAAGCGACAACAACAACAACCGCAGCAGCAGCAGCAACAACAGCAACAACAACAACAACAACAACAGCUUGUUCGCGCCAAAAAGACCGCUGCACGUCGACAGCAGUCUCCUUCACCUAAACGUGCGUCCUCUGUCAGCCGUUCUCGCAGCAGUGCCAACGAUACCAGCUCCGAUGGAGGAUCCAACUCGGGCACAGCCAGGUCCAGCCCACCGCCGGAACUUUCUCUGGAGGGCUUUGUUGACCAGAUAACCUUUUCCUACUUUUUCCAUGCAUAUGGCUGGAUCAACAUGCACAGUAUUAUGCUGCAGGACUCAAGAGUGCGAGAUACUCUCCUCGAGGGCAUGGGGCACGAUAGCCUGCGGGCCUUGGCCUACGGUGUCAUGGGCAAAGACCAACACAUCGGUAGCCUGCAGUCGAAAGGGGCUCGUCUGUACGGAACUGCCCUUGGAAAACUACGCAAGAAGAUGUCGUCACAAAGCAAAGACGAGCUCGCGGCGUUGAUCAAACCCAUUGCAAUCAUGGGGUCUUAUUUGAUCACGGUAGAAAACGAUCUACGGUUCACACAUCACCGUGGACUGUCGCGCAUCUUGGAGUACUGUGGACCGGAGUAUUUCCAGUCGCCCAGCUUGCUACCUGUCUUUGAUUCUUGCCGCUUGACAAUGAUUUCCAAUUCCAUGGUCCGGCGCACUCCAACGUUUCUUUCACAGGAGAAAUGGAAGACCAUACCAUGGGAGAAGGCACCGCACCUAAAGACUUGGUCAAGUAGGCUACUUGACAUCAUGGCCGAUAUCCCCGAGCUAAUCUCCGGAGUGCUUGGUGUCAUGGCAGCUCGUAUAAUGUGGCAGAACAGCAAUUUCUCACCGGUAUAUGCUGAGGAUCCCAACGAGGUUCCACGAUUGCAGGGCAAGGUUCAAGAUCUAAAAGUCAACUUGGCAAACUGGCUCAAAGUUUGGACCGAAUCCAACCCCAUGGCGAUCAAAGUCCUAGAAUGGGCUUUUAACAGGGCAGCCCAUGACGAAUAUCGUCCCGGCUUUGAAGGUUAUUCUGGUCCAGACGUUUACGACUAUUCAGUCUUACUGCCUCCGUCUCCUCCCUCGUUCUUGGAGCCAACAGAGGAGACCUUCACCUUGAUGCAGGAAGUAUCAUUAUACACGACGGUGCUCAUCUGGACUGGCCGUCUGACAAAAUAUCUAGCCGGAGCAAGCAUCGGCCACGACAACAUCAACUUCUACAACACACCCUUCAGCACCACCUGCACCUGCUGCACGUCUCGGCUGAAGAACUUGUGCGACACGGUUCCAGACUCGCAUGCAGACGUCCUCCAGGUAACAGUCGCACCGGAUCCGGAGAUGCAGUGGAACUUCAACGCGGCAAGGAUCGCCAUCGCGCCCAUCAAGGUCUCGCCUAACCACGAGCAGCCGCAACCUGUGCCAGACUUCUGCUGGGCUGCGCACAAAUACCCACCAAACUCGGCCGAGAUGGAGAGGCUCAGGCAGCAGAAGAAGCAAGAAGAGGAGAUGAAGAACGCCCAGGACGGUCUGGCAAAGGAGGUCAAGUCUUUUAACCGCCCUCUGCCGGUGUUGUCGUCAGCAAAGAGCGAGCUCAAGACGCCACCAUUGUCAAGCCCGGUCGAGUCGAAAUACAAUGGCACCUCAGGCAGUCCAGGCAUCACCAAUAAUCUACCCACGCCGCCGCAGUCGGCCGUUUUUAACGACGACCCCUUGACGCCGCCGCAGUCGGCCAAGCCACCCAUGCUGCUGCCCGCCGACGUGCGCUUCUCGAGUCAGCUACGCGUGCUCGGCUGGCUGACGGAUCAACUCCCUGCCAGUCGACCGCAAGUCCUCGCGACGCUGGCGUCCAUUGGGUUGGGACACUGUGGUCACGACGUGCGACCCAUUGACGGCCUGCCAGAGGUGGGCAAUGUCGUAAAAAGAGUGUUGCAUUCGACUCAGUUUGAGGGUUCAGAGAACGUUUUACUGAAGAGAUAUCGCUAA